AGUGGCCCAGAGCGCCUGGCUUCCGGCCACUCUGCCUAACGCAUACCUGGAUUCCCGACGCCUCUGCACAUGUAGUUCCUGGAGCCGCUGUCUUGCUGAAAUGUCAACAUCUUCACCUUCUUCCUGGGACGGCCUCUUAGACUCUCUCUCUCUGAACACAAUAUGGAAUUGGAUACAAGCAACCUUCCUGGGAGAGACCAGCACGCCUCAGCAAAUGAAUCUGGGGCUGCUGGAAAACCUCGCUCCGGCAGUACAAGUCAUCCUGGGGGUCUCCUUCUUGCUGUUGUUGGCGAUAGGACUAUAUGCCCUGUGGAAACGAAGCGUCCGGUCCAUUCAGAAAAUGUUGUUAUUUGUGGUCACACUCUACAACCUUUACAAGAAGGGCUCAGAUUUUUUUCAGGCAUUGCUGGUCAACCCAGAAAGUGGUGGUCUCCAACUUCAAGACGGCACUAAUUUCAUCCUGUCCUUGGGUCUGCAAGAAAAAAUUCUGAAAAAACUUCAGACGGUGGAAAACAAAGUGAAGGACCUGGAAGGGAUGAUCGUCGCCCAGAAGCCUGCCACGAGGAAGGAGUGCUCCUCCGAGCCCUACUGCAGCUGCUCCGACUGCCAGAGCCCGCUGCCCACCUCGGGCUUCACGUCCACGUCGGAAAUGUGACGGACUCCCGUCUUCUCCAGAAAAGCACAGUUCCCCUCCUGUGUGCGGUGGUGUGUCAAUAAAGAUAGAGGACUAUAUUGAAGUCACCCUGCACGGGCUGGCUCAUGUGC